AUGUUUUCACAACUUUCCAAAAACAUUUUUACUGAUGGUAGAAGAGAUUCUGCCACCAAUAAUAUAGAAUAUUCACAACUUACUAGUAGUGGUCAAAAUGGUUCCUCCUUAUUUUUCUCUGUACCAACCUUUCCUAUUCAAUCUGAAGCUAACCACCAGUCAAUAGCAUUGGAAACUUCGACACACUAUAAUAAUUAUGAAAAUGACGAGGAAUAUCAAUCUUCAGAACCUGCUUCUUCAUUUUUGUCAGGAAGGCCCAUUGAUAUUUUUCAAGAGGAACAGCCUACUGAGGCAGCCUCAAUUUACAAAGACGUUCCUCCCUUAACUUCAACUUCAAUAAUAAUAUCUCCUAAUGAUAAUCCGCUUUCAGAAAAUUUGCUAACUUCUUGCUUGAUACCCCCUCCUUUAUCGACUAAUAUUUCACAUAGAAAGUAUAAAGAUCCACCAACUCCAUUAAAAAAAUAUGCACAAAAUUCAAUAUUCUUUACCAUCCGUGAUAGUACUGGGCUUUUCUUUAUUUCAAUUGUAUUUUCUUUAUCUAUGGUUUUUCUUUGGACAUAUUUACUUCAUUCUUUUGCACAUGUUUUUGUGUGGGUAACUGUAAAAGUAGUGCCAUUUGUUGGAAUAUUAAUAUUUAUAUGGACAAUAACAGAGGCUUUUACAGGCGCACUACGUGACUCAGGAAUACCUGAUCCUCAAGAUGAUUUAAAUGAUCCAGAUCGUGACAACAUUCAAGAUAUUACUUCUUUAGCUUUAACCAAAACAACUACAAUUUCAUUUGGUACACUGUGUUUUGGAAGUUUUAUUCUUUCUAUAGUUUACACUCUCCAAGCGAUUGUUAAAAUGUGUAACAAAUAUCUCAAACGACAUGGAUGUUUCUAUUAUUUUACAAUUUUUCUGGAAUUCAUAAGCGCAAUCCUAGAUAUUUUCAAUAAUUAUGUAAUGAUUUAUGUUGGUAUUUCCGGAGAAGAUUUUUUAAAAUCAUCAAGAGCAGCUACUGAAUUAUUUAAAAAGAGUUUUUUAGAUGAAAAUAGAUCGGUUGAUGGUAAUAUUUGA